AUGGGUUCCUUACAGAUAAAUGAGAUCGACGAAGUUGUGGACUUGCAUAGCCACCACUGCUUUGGUAGUCAGUGCAAAUAUUACGGAUCAUCGGCUACUGGACCUCAAUCUUCGAUCAAGCAUUGUUCUGGCUCUGGUGUCCAAGCAUUAGACAGCGAAGCGCUGAUAGGAAACUGCCCUGAAGAAAAAGCUACAUCAGGUAUAUUGACGUUUUGCCAUGCCCGGGCAGGAAAUCAUGUUGAGACACGGAUCCGAGACACCGUGAUUGACUCCGUUUCAUCUGUCUCAUCGUCUUUGUGCUCCACUAAUGAGCCUCGUUCUCGUUGGCACCAAUCAAGCCUGUUCAUGCCAAAAGACAGAAAGGAAGCUAAGGCCGCCGAGGAUUAUCCUAUAAUAAUGAGGCCAACCCCCUCAGUACUAGCCUUAUUACCAGAAGCCUCAAAAGCUAAUACGGACGUGGGAAAAAAAGCUCCUGUUAUUGGAGACAAAUUCUUGCCCAUUAGCUAUUCUUGUUCUUCCCAAACGGAUAGCAGCAUCUCCGACUACUCUUGUGACCAUAAAUCGGAGUUGGCCAGACGUACAAUUGGUAUCGAAAGUACUUCUAUGUCUUCUUCGAAAAAGGAGUCGAAGAUUUCUAGUCAGACAUGUCCACUGGUUCUUGUGAACCGGCCAGCUAUCCAUCCGACCUUAAGUCCACAUAGUCCGUCGUCAAGCUGCUCCACAAUGCCGUACUUACCUUCUGGAUUUACUCUGGAUGAUUACAAAGCAGAUAGAAUCUGGAGAAGAUGUGCCGAGUCAUUGUCGCCCGAAGCUAUGGACAAUGCUAUUAUCUUUGCAAACAAGUCUACUACUACGUCCCCUAACUGGCUUUCCUUUUCCACUACCAAAAUGCAUUAUCAAGACCAACUUUUCAUGCAAGUGUCUCCUACUUCUCUAACUUCAAUUUUUCCACCUAAGCCACCUCUAUCAGCCUCAUCACCACUUUUCGCUACUUCGUUGGACCAGUCAGCCGACGGCACAUCGAAGGUUGGUGCUAAUACUGCGAUAGAGGCUGCCAAUCAUUCUAUCCUCGACCCUGGUGACACAAGCUCAAUGGUACUACCUAACUCAGACGAGCCAACUUCCUUUGGUACAGCUCCUGGAGAGACGAAUUUACUUAUCAGACCCCAGGAUCAUCCUAAUGAUUCUAUAUUGUCUACCAAGGGUAAUUUGCUAGUGUUUAGAGUUCCCUUCGGUCAUUAG